AUGAAUUAUUUAUUAAAUUUUGUACAUGACUUUAGUUUAAAAUGUCCAUUCUUUCCAGAGAAAUCACUUGAAACAUUAAAGGAUUAUAAAUAUCAAGCUAUUGAUAAUUCUAUUGUAGGGAAAUACUUUUAUCAAGAUUUUAUUAUUAGUCCAGUUAUGAAUCAUUUAGUACCAAAAUGGAUUGCACCAAAUGUAAUUACAACAAGUGGUGGAAUAUUUAUUGUAUUAGCAUUAUUCACUGUUUAUUUAAGUAAUGUAUUUGGAUCAUUUACACAUCUUAUUAUUGGUCUUUUGUUUUACAUGUAUGUAUUAUUUGAUACUCUUGAUGGUAAACAAGCACGAAAAACUGGAAGUGGUUCUCCACUUGGAGAAUUAAUGGAUCAUGGAGUAGAUGUUCUUGUAAUGGGAACGUUAGCAAUUAUUCUUUGUCAUGAAUUUAUGUUAGACCAAUUCCAAACAGCAUAUAUUUAUUUUAUUGGAUUUACUAUUUUCUAUUUACCACAUUGGGUACAACAUCAAACAGGAUGGAUGAUUUUUGGACCAGCAUCAAAUCCAAUUGAAAUGGUUCAUUUAUAUUUAGUAAUUGAAAUUAUUAGAACAAUUAAUGGAUGGACACCAGAAAUUGUUAAUAAAGCAACAAUCUUUGGUAUUCUUCCUAUGCCAAUGUUUUUAAUGAUUUUUGCAACAAUCAUUUUAGGAUGUACUAUUGUUUCUUCAAUUAUUGAUGUUAGAAAUGAAAUAAAAAAGAAUCAAAAAGGAUGGAAAAAACCAUUAUUAGAAUUAAGUUCAUUUAUAGCUACUUCUCUUGUAGCACUUUCUAUUAAUUAUAUUCAUAUUGAUAAUUUUAUUUGUGAUCAACUUCGACUUGUAGGAAGUGUAUGUUUUGUAGGAAUGUUUGUACAAUGGUAUAUUGUUACUCGAUUAUUACAUUUACCAUCUCCACCUCUUUAUAUUAACUUUUAUGGAACUAUUAUCAUUUCAUUCAUAAUAAAUAUUAGUUAUUUUAUGGGAAGAACAAAUAUUGUAAAUAUAUUUGCAGUUAUAUAUUUUGGACAUUCAUUCUUUUGGGAGUCAGCAUUAGUUAUUAAUGUUAUUUAUUAUUUCUCUAAAUAUCUUCAUAUUCAUCCAUUCAAAAUAACACCCAAACAACAAGAUUAA